AUGUGCUUGUCUACGGAGACACCGGAGCUUCCUAUGCAUGUGGUAACGGAUGAGAUUCUCACGAGAUUGCCUGCUAAAUCUCUGAUGAGAUUCAAGUGCGUUUCAAAGCUCUGGUUAUCGCUCAUCCGCUCACGUUAUUUCUCCAACCGUUUCUCAAAGGUCCCAUCCCCUCGUCUUUACAUGUGUUUAUGGGAUCAAGCCACCAUUGGUGACAAUGAAACAUACACAUUGGCUCCUCUAGACACUCGGCCUUCAACGUCCACCUUUGUUGUUGACGACAAUCUGCCCGACCCAGCGAUUGGAGGUUACAUCUUACAAAAUCUUGGUGGCUUCAUGAUCUACGUCUAUAGGAGAGAGCCCCAUAUCUAUAACCCUGCCACCGGACAAUUGGUAGGCUUCCCCUUAAGAAGUUCCGACCACAUCAUCGUACCUCCAGGAGGAGAAAAGGUCGUCACCUAUUAUUUCGGAUACGACCCACUUAGCCACAAGUACAAAGCGGUCUCCUUGAUUAGCGUAUUCUUAGAAGAAACUAAACAAGUCAUAAGUUCAGUGAAUUAUAUCUUUAGCCAAAAAAAUAAACUAGGUUAUUGGAACAAGGCUGCUCUAACUCCAACGGACUUUUGUCCUCACAUGCCUUCCAAAGGAGGAAUCUCUAUCGAUGCAAUUAUUUAUUACUUGGCUUUGGUGGAUAGAGAUCGAUUUGUGGUUGUUAGUUUCGACAUUAGAUCUGAAGAGUUCAACAUGAUCCAAGUACCCAAGCUGCAUGAAGAUGCCCCGGUAGAUACUCCAGAUCUGACUCUUUUGGAGCUUGGAGGAAAAGCAACUCUAUGUGACCCAACCAAUCUUAGAGACAAGGGUGUCUUGGCCUUAUGGACCGUGGAAGAUGUCAGGAGCAAGAAAUGGUUGUGCAAGAGUUUGGUUUUGAAGCCUUCUCAGCUGCCUUUAGUCGACAGCAUUACAUUCAGGGUAAAAGGUACAACUCAAAACGGCAAGGUUUUCCUGAUACCAAAGGAUUUUCUUUCUCCUUUUCACAUUCUCUCUUAUGAUAUGCAAAACAAUGAUAUGAGAAAGAUUGAGAUCAAAGGUAUACCGGACGUCUGGUUUAAUAUGGGCGAAGAAGCUGACCUACAUUUUGAUGUGAUGUUUAUGGACCAGAGUGAGAGCCCAAUAUAUAUUGAUUUCCUGUCCUGUUUUGACUGGGGAGAUGGAGAUUGA